CACCUCUAUGUUUCUUUUUUUUGUAGAUAAGAACCACCGAACCAUAACUCCAAAGAAACUCCCGAGGCAAAUGAGAUCACUCACCAUGCCGAUACUUCUCCCUACCUCUUCCUUCAAAACGUCAGCCACCGUCCUCAUCGCCGGCGUCUUUUCUAUUGCUGCGGUGAGUUUCACCGUUCCUCCAGUCUCCCAUUUAGUGGCGUCUUGCUGUCUGAUCGUCUACGAUAAUACAGUCUUCCUCGUAAAACCACCGUAUCUUUACUUAGUCACCAACUGUAUCAUCGUCUCCAUCGUCGCUACAUCUAAGCUCACGCAGAAAACGUCUUCUAAUAUCGAUGAUCAUGAGUCUUUGGAAGUGGUAACCGUAGUACCGGUGCCUUCUGAUAUCGACAGCGGUUACUUGAACGUCUCUAACGUUGACAACGCUUAUACCGGCUUUGAAGAGAAUGAUGCACCGGUUGUCCCCGAAGUCAUCGCUGAUGAUAAGGUGAUAGUUGAUGGUCGAGAAGAUCAACAUGCAGAGAAGGAGAAGCCAAAACCGAUUACCGGUUCGCCUGAACCGGAUACGGAGAAGCCAAAACCGAGUAGCGGUUCGCCUGAACCGGAUAUGGACAAGCCAAAAAUGGAAAGUGACUCUCCGGCGGUUUCGGUUGUGAAGCUGUCUAGGAAACCGCCGAGAUUCAACAAGCAAAAGUCGCUUAAAAGUACUCAAGAAGGAAAUGGUGGUGGAUGUAAAAAGUCAAAGGACUCCAGGAGAGAGGACACGCUGGAGACGACGUGGAAGAAGAUAACGGAAGGACGCUCGACGCAGUUAAAGAAGCACUUGACGAAGUCCGACACGUGGCAAGAAAGGUCGCACGUGCGAAGUAAGGAGAAGAUGACCAAGUCUGACAACUUAAAUGAGGCGGAGACGACGCCGCGGUUGAAAAGAGAGCCGUCACCGGGUCAGGAAGAGCUUAACAGGCGCGUGGAAGCGUUUAUCAAGAAGUUCAAUGAAGAGAUGAGAUUGCAAAGACUAGAAUCUUUGGCCAAGUAUAACGAGAUGGUAAAUUGAGGGACUCGUUUGUAAUAUUCAAGGUUUUCUUUUGGUCUUUUCAUGGAACAAUUUUCAGAAAUAAUGCAAGUAGGAAGACAAAACAGUGUGUAUUUGUGUCAAAAAGGAAAAUGUUUACGUAUGUGUAUGUAAUGAUUGUUAUAUUUUUCGACUUCCA